AUGCGGUCCUAUAAAUUCUUGUUGGCUACCAGUGCCGUGUAUUUCGCAGCAGGCGACUGUUCCAGCCGUCCCAUAGCUAUUCCACUGCCGCCGAAGGAUAGUGAAAUUAUCCCCAACGAUCUACAGUCUUUCUCUUUGGAAUUUGCUUUCUUUCCUGAUUAUGCUGGUAACAAAUCUUCUCCAAACCAGUUCUCUCAAAACUUGUUAGAGAACUUCAAGGACAUCACGGGCGUAUACCCCAAAGUGAGAGUCGGGGGUACUUCCCAAGACAAUGCUAUCUAUUUUCCUGACCAAACAGAUAGCAUCGACCUUGUCUUUACUCACCCGACUGACGACCAGCCUAGCCAGAUCAAUUAUGGCCCUGGAUUCUUUGAAUCGUACCAAGCCUUGGGAAACAUGAAAUACAUCCACGGCUUGAACAUGAAGCAAAACAGCUCUACCCAGCAACUCACGGAUGAAGCCGUGGAAGCCUGCCGUACCAUGGGUGCCAACUUGGAUUCCUAUGAAUUGGGCAAUGAGAUCAACAUGGAAGCUCCAAAUUACCGACCCGCAAACUAUACCCUUCAAAGUUACGUCAAUGAAUGGAACUACAAGACCGCGGCGAUCAAGGCUGCCGUCGAAAACGCAUGCCCCGGUGCUUUCCCAGGCUUCAUGUCACCCAGCUUUGUCAUUUUGGACAUUGUCAAAAGCAACUGGACGGCUGAAGCAAUGUUCCAACUUGGCUAUGAUCCGAAGAAUUUAACAAAAGAUCUAUCUUUCCAUAACUAUAUGGGAGUUUUCAGUCCUCCUUUGGCCCCAGUCUCUUACGACCUUCAAACCGUUCUCAUGAACCACACUAACAUAGUGGAAAACCUUGCCCCCCAUAUUCAGCGUGCAAAGAACCUUGCUUAUUUGGGUCACCCCUACACGCUUGGCGAGACCAAUUCAAUCGCUAACCAAGGUCGUAACGGCGAAACAAAUGUCUUCGGUGAUGCUUUGUGGCUUGUCGACUUCUCCCUUUGGGCUGCCGCGCACAACAUCAAGCGCCUUCAUUUCCACCAAGGACUCAACUACCGAUAUGCGUCAUGGCAACCGAUUUCUAGCAAGGGGCAACCUCCGAAGACAAGGGCGCCAUACUACGGUCAGAUCAUGGUCGCAUCUGCAAUUGGUAACGUUCGAGAUGCUCGUAUUGUGAACAUCCCAUUGGUCGAAGAUACGGAGGCCGCCUAUGGAAUUUAUCAUGGAGACGAGCUGUCUAAGCUUGUGGUCCUGAAUCUCCAGGCUUACAACCAGACUGAGACCCGAAACCGACCGACUCGUGAAUAUGAGUUUAAGAUUCCGACUCAGGUCAAGAAAGCACAGGUGGAGCGUCUGUCUGCGCCGGGAAGUGAUUCUGUGGGAAGCAUUACUUUCGGAGGUAUCUCGUAUGAUUAUGAACUCUCGAAAGGAAGGCCAGUGGUUGUUGAUGAGCAAGAGGACUCAGCGACCAUCGACCACGGAGUUCUCCAUAUCGUUGUUCCAGACUCAUCCGCUGUUCUUUUGACACUGUCUUGA